AUCAUCGCCAUAUCCCCCCCACCUGCUCCGGAAAGGUAACCACUGUGCGAUGGAGACUACCAUACCGGUAUCUCAAUUAACCAAGCUUGUCCUGCCAAACUUCGAUUCCCACCUACAAUCCCUCGCAAGCGCGCUUUCAACCGCUCCCCGACAGCCGGUUUCGAACCCCACAUCCUCCUUCUGGUUAUCUGACCCCCCACCGGUAUUCACCCAUCAAUCUCCUACCUUCCCUGCUUCUGCAGAUGUCGUAAUCAUCGGUAGCGGAAUAACUGGGACUGCGGCUGCGAGAACCUUGCUAUCUAACUCGCCGGACUUACGGGUUGCUAUGCUGGAUGCUCGGGAAGCUUGCUCAGGCGCGACUGGUCGCAAUGGUGGUCAUAUUAAACCUAACCCUUGGGAAUUAUUUCCCGCGCUCGCGGCAGUACUCGGUAGGGAGAAAGCGAGGAAGGUGACGGAAUUCCGAAGGGGUAUUCUCGAUAAAAUGAUCGCGGUGGCAGAUGCGGAGGGUGUCACGGGGGAGUGUCAGAUUCGAAAGGUGGAAGCGGCGGAUGUACAUUUUGAUGCUGAGAGCUGGGCUGCUGCCAAGACUUGCUUGGUUGUUUACCUGGAGGAAUUUCCGGAAGAAAUUGGGAAUUGGAGGGUGUAUGAGGGGGAGGAAGCAAGGCAGAAAUUCUCUACCCCACACGCAAAGGGCAUUAUAACCGGUCCUGCUGGUGCCCUGUGGCCCGCCCGCCUCAUCCACCCUAUCCUCACCCGCCUGCUCUCCAUGCACCCUACUUUUACGCUUGACACCAGCACCACCGUUACAUCUAUCACUCCUCCAGAUUCCCCCACAUCGCCCUACAUCGUGCAUACUCCGCGCGGAGAUUUAAAGGCCACUCACAUACUCCACGCAACUAAUGGCUACACUGCGAAUCUCCUCCCUGGUCUCACGGGGGCGCUGUUCCCCGUCCGUGGAACUAUGACAGCGCAAUCCCCACCGACAAAAUGCCACUUACACGAGAAUAGGAGCUGGCAGUUCUCAUGGGAUCAGGGCUACGAUUACCUGACCACACUUCCUGACCGAACGAUAAUGUUCGGCGGGGGUCUUCGUCAAGCGCUGAAGACCGAAAUUGGGACUGUUGACGAUAGCAUAGUCGAGUUAUGUACCACUAUCCACCUCUCCGGUUUCCUCCCGGCUAUCGGGCUGGGUACCGGUGUGCAAAAGAUCUGGACCGGUAUUAUGGGAUUCUCCGGUGAUAUGCUUCCCUGGAUUGGUGAAGUUCCCCCGGAAAUAUCAGGACGCCAGCAGGGUAUCGGGAAGGAGUGGGUGGCUGCGGGGUAUACUGGGGAUGGAAUGUGUGUUGCUUGGGGGGCAGCAGAGGAGGUUGUAGCGAGGAUUUUGGGGUUGGAGGGCGGGGUGGGGGUUAUUGAGGAGAUGGAUGUAACUGUUGAGAGGGUUGAGAGUGCGAAGAGAUUGGAGCGGCUGGUGGGAGCGUUUUUUGGGCGAGAAGGUUAGAUGGGUGGCGAAAAAAUAGUUAUGAUAGCGUGGGGGAUAUCAUACCUGUUGCUUUAGUCGUCGAUUGUGAUUGUCGAUGGGUGUCCAUGACCCAAGGGGGUAAACGAUGGCGAGGUAAAUAGAGCUUUGGAUCCG